AUGAUUCCCAAACACGCUUUAAAUGCAAUCGAUCGGUUGUUAAAAGAUGUUUGCAACAACAACUUUCCAUUUGGAGGAAAAGUCAUUCUUUUUGGUGGUGACUUUAGGCAAAUUUUGCCUGUUGUGAAAAGAGGGAGACCAGCUGAAGUUGUAGAAUCAUGUAUAAAAUGUUCUUUACAGUGGCAAUGGGUGCAGAAGUUUACAUUAACUGAAAAUAUGAGAGUACGUGAUGGAGAAGGAGAUUUUUCCGAAUGGCUGUUAAAACUUGGUAGUGGAACAAUACCUGGCAAGGAGGAAGAUCCUUUUAAGGGAUGUAUUGAAAUACCGCAACAGUGCAUUAUUAGAGAAAACGAAUCAAUAGUUGAAAAAAUAUUUGGAGAUGCUCAACAAGAUGAUUAUGCUAAACGUGUCAUUUUAACACCCACCAAUGUGGAUUCAUUGUCAAUCAAUGAAGAAGUGCUUAAACGUCUACAUGGAGAGGUCAAAACUAAUUUAAGUGCUGAUCAAAUAGACACUGACGAUCUUAAUGAAAGAAAUAAUUUCCCUGUUGAGUUUUUGAACAGCUUAACUCCUUCAGGUAUGCCUACUUAUUGUUUAAAAUUGAAAAUUGGUUGUGUAAUUAUGCUACUUAGAAAUUUAGAUCUUAAAGCUGGGCUAUGUAAUGGAACCCGAAUGAAAGUUUGUGCUCUCCAAACCAAUUAUAUUGAUGCAGAGGUUUUGACAGGUGUUUCUGAAGGUAAACGGGUAUUUGUUCCUCGAAUUCAGUUGGCUCCAUCAGAUUCUAAUUUACCUUUUGUUCUAAAACGUCGUCAGUUUCCUGUCAGAUUAGCUUAUUCGAUGACAAUCAAUAAAAGUCAAGACAGCUUUGCUUACCUUCCUGUUGGUGUCUAUCGUUAA